CCGGCAGCAUGUCCGCGGAGCUGGGAGUUGGGUUCGCGCUGCGGGCAGUGAACGAGCGCGUCCAGCAGGCUGUGGCGCGGCGGCCCCGGGACCUCCCAGCCAUCCAGCCCCGGCUAGUGGCAGUCAGCAAAACCAAACCUGCAGACAUGGUGAUUGAAGCCUAUGGUCAUGGCCAGCGCACUUUUGGAGAGAACUAUGUUCAGGAACUACUAGAAAAAGCAUCAAAUCCUAAGAUUCUGUCUUCAUGUCCUGAGAUCAAAUGGCACUUCAUUGGCCAUUUACAGAAACAAAAUGUUAACAAGUUGAUGGCUGUCCCCAACUUCUUCAUGCUGGAAACAGUAGACUCAGCGAAGUUGGCAGACAAAGUGAAUAGUUCCUGGCAGAAGAAAGGUUCUACUGAAAAAUUAAAAGUCAUGAUCCAAAUUAACACCAGUGGAGAGGAUAGUAAACACGGCCUUCCACCCUCAGGGACAAUUGCCAUGGUGGAACACAUAAAGGCCAACUGUCCCAGCCUGGAGUUUGUGGGGCUCAUGACCAUAGGAAGCUUUGGACAUGAUCUUAAUCAAGGACCAAACCCAGACUUCCAGGUGCUGGUGUCCCUACGGGAAGAGCUCUGUAAAAAGCUGAGUAUUCCUGCAGACCAGGUUGAGCUGAGCAUGGGCAUGUCCAUGGACUUUCAGCAUGCAAUUGAGGUAGGAUCUACAAAUGUCCGGAUAGGAAGCACUAUUUUUGGAGAACGGGAUUACUCAAAGAAACCUGCCCUAGACAAGACCACAGCUGAGCUGGCGGCCCCAGUGGCGGCGGCCCAGGAGCCCUAAGCCCAGGACAGCUAAGAAGACCAGCCACGCACUGACAUGGGCUUUCAUUUCGAUGCUCCCCGCAUUACAGCGCAGUCACUCCCGCCUGUGGCCCGGAUAGAGGAUGUCAUGUGUGGGUGGAAGAUGCCUGUGCUUAGCUUCUUCUGAUUGAGAAAGUUUGCUUCAAGCAGAGGCUUGGGAUCAAAUUCGAGAAGCCAAUACAUGUCUUCAAAACAGAAACCAAACCAGUAGUCAGGAAUUAAGAUCACUGAACUCUGCCAAGGAGCACCACACAGUCCAUGAAUGCCUCUUCCUGAGUAUCGUUACAGCUGACGCCUAUAAUGGGGAAAGUAAGGGUCUCCACUGUCAUUCCCCUUAAAUGGAAUUC